CACAUGUACAUGCUUUAUAAUGGCAACAGAUAUCACUGGAAAAGGACAUCCUGGAAAGGCAUAGGCUUUUUGCAGGUUUAAUGGUCUACAGGCUGCCCUCUCCCAUCAAUAAUCAAUAACACCAGUAUCAAUAUGGCCUGCACACUGUGGAGUCUGUAAAUCUGCAGAAAGCAGCUGAGCUUCAUGAGAAUUUUUACAACAGAGGAGCCUGGAUUGCUGCGUCACUCUGUAGUCCCCCUGUACAUGAACAGAAUUGAAAUGCAUUGCAGGUUGGUUUUCGGGUGGAUGGGUUCGUCUGCUGGAUGCUGACGAUGUGCUGAAUGAGUCAGAAAGAGGAGGAGGACAAGGCAUCACUCAGCAGAUUUUUUUCUGUGAGGGAGAGGUGGCAGAGGGGAAACCCUGCUCUUUACCUUCCCCCCUCCUCCCUGUCUGACUGACAAUUCAAGGCAAGGAAUUAUUACCACACCGGUAUCCUGUCCCUCAUUGGCUGAGGGCCUCGUUCCAUUGCUCUACUGUGGGACCUGCCAGUAUGAGCGCCAGUGAUUGGUUGGGCUCGGCUGCAGUGAGGAUGCAGAUUUCUAGAGCUUCUCGUUGCUGCAUUUCUCUGGCUUCUGAUACUGAAGUUAGGUAUGUGGCAAAUCCUCGUUGCCUUUUCCUGCUGAGAUUUUUUUUUAUACUCAACAUGAAAUAUUUACACUUUGUGAAACCAUUUUGAUGAAUCAUGCUUCGACUUAAACCCAAAGUAAUAUGGCAUGAGUUAGGCUGGAGUCAGUGUUUCUUCUUCUGCUCUAUUUGAUGUCUGUACUCCUUUGAUUGGACAUUUCACAACUGUUCAUUUUUAAUGAGGAAAAGACCCAAUAAGAGGAAAAGAUGCUGAGGGGUGAAGUGGAAGAAAGUGGAGAAGCCCUCUCUGCAGUCCUGCGUUGUCCUCGGGUGACCUUUUUAUACUUCUGCUAAUUGUACUGUCUGCUCUACCUGACACACUUUUUGUGGUUUUUUUGGGGGGUUUUUUCAUUGUGAGUAGACAAAAGUCUGCUGCGUAUUCAGUCUUCACAGAGUCGCAGUUUGAGGAUGCUGCAGGACAUGCUGGGCUUACUGUGCCAGAGACUUUUUGGCAGGACAGAGUGUAGGCCUGAAGAAACCCAGUUGCCAGGGGAGACGGAGACAGGAGCUACUGGGAACUGUGGAGAGCGAGCUGUGCUUGAGGGAGAGACGACCCAGUCUUGUGACAGUAAAGAUAUGAGCAAAAGUAAAGUUACUUCAAAGAAGACCACAGUAUUAAUUAUGGUGGCUCCACCUAGGGAGUUUCAACAGAAAAUUGUAAAAGCAGGCGACAAAGACCUGGAUGGACAGCUGGACUUUGAGGAGUUCGUACAUUAUCUCAGAGACCAUGAGAAGAAACUCAGACUGGUUUUCAAGAGUCUGGACAAGAAGAACGAUGGCCGGAUCGACUCUCAGGAAAUCAUGCAAUCUCUUCGUGACCUGGGAGUGAACAUCUCUGAGGAACAGGCUGAGAAGAUUCUCAAAAGAAUAAGGAGGGGUCAUAUCUGGGCCCCUAUCCUGUACAUGGAUAAAAAUGGCACAAUGACAAUUGACUGGAAUGAGUGGCGAGAUUACCACCUCCUGCAUCCAGCAGACAACAUUCCUGAGAUCAUCCUCUACUGGAAACACUCCACGAUCUUUGAUGUUGGUGAAAGUUUGAUGGUGCCAGAUGAGUUCACAGCAGAGGAAAAGAAAACAGGCAUGUGGUGGCGACACCUGGUGGCCGGAGGAGGAGCAGGGGCAGUCUCUCGAACCUGCACCGCACCUCUCGACAGACUCAAAGUGCUCAUGCAGGUUCAUGCAUCGAAAAACAACAGCAUGCGUAUCGCUGGUGGCUUUGGCCAGAUGAUCAAGGAGGGUGGUGUGAGGUCACUGUGGCGAGGCAACGGCAUCAAUGUCAUUAAAAUUGCCCCAGAGUCUGCUAUCAAGUUUAUGGCCUAUGAACAGAUUAAAAGAUUGAUUGGAAGCAACCAGGAGACGCUGGGUAUCACAGAGAGGCUGGUGGCAGGUUCUCUGGCCGGGGCAAUCGCUCAGAGCAGCAUCUACCCCAUGGAGGUCCUGAAGACACGGUUAGCGCUGAGGAAGACGGGCCAGUACGUGGGCAUCUUGGAUUGUGCCAAACAUAUUUUCCAGAAGGAAGGUGUUGCUGCUUUUUACAAAGGCUAUGUCCCCAACAUGCUAGGCAUCAUCCCCUAUGCUGGCAUCGACCUGGCUGUAUACGAGACUCUUAAGAAUUCCUGGCUGCAGCGCUUCGCCAUAGACAGCCCUGACCCAGGAGUGUUUGUGCUCUUGGCUUGUGGCACCACCUCCAGCACAUGUGGCCAGUUAGCCAGUUACCCACUGGCUCUGGUCCGGACACGAAUGCAGGCACAAGCAACCCUGGAAGGAGGACCUCAAAUGAGCAUGAGUGGUUUAUUCAAACACAUUGUAAGGACCGAAGGCCCUAUGGGACUCUACAGAGGCCUGGCACCCAACUUCAUGAAGGUCAUUCCAUCAGUGAGCAUCAGCUACGUAGUCUACGAAUACCUCAAGAUCACACUAGGGGUCCAGUCAAAGUGAGGAGGGUCAACAGUUCAGAGGUUUUUAAAUGUUUUUCUUUUGACCCAAAGUUUUAAAUAAUUGGAUUCUAAGAAAAAGCAGCUGGAUUUAAGACAAUUGAAUCAAAUUAUUAAUAUUUCUAUGAAACCUGAAAGACACUUUGAAAAGCAGAGAAGCUGGUAACUUUGCACUUGAUUGAUACAAUUUCUGUUGGUUUGUGUUACUUAAAGCAUUUUAGCACUGCUUUAAUAGCUGCUAACAUAAUCUUAGAUUAGGGGAAAUAAAGUUUAUGUGAGCUUGAUGAAGCGGUUUACUGGUUUACCAGUAAAAUGUACUUGGACACUGACGAUGUAGCAGGAGCCGUCCUGUUGGUCUGUUGUCUUGAAGGGCUUUGCAGAACAAUUUCCCAGGAACCUUUACUGGGAAAAUUGCACAUUACUAAUCAAACAUAGACAGAUAAUGUAGAUUCCCAUUGUGCAUCAUAAUGUUCCACAGUGUUCCAUUGUGUUUAGAUGAGAGCCUGUCAGCCGCUCCAUGUCAGUGUCCCCUUAUUGAACGUUAUGCAGCUUUGUUCAGUUUUAAUGAUGAAAUAGUUCAAAUGCUGUUCAUGAGCCGUUUAUCCUGCAUGUCUGUGUUUGUGACCAGCAUCAUCAACAGAUAUAUUGGUCUUUAUGAAACAUCUAUUCAUAUUGACUGAAUGAAAAUCUGCAAGUGAUUAGAUACAGCGUGCCAAAAUCUGUUUCAGCUAUCAUAAUGUGUGAUGUAGGAUGAUGUACUGUAUGUCUCUGCACAGGGUAUUGCAUCUUCUCCAAUGUGUUUUGUUCAUGUCUUGAUUACUCUGCAAACAUUUUGUGCAUUAGGGAAUUUAAAGUCAUGUCUUUGCUAUCAUGAAGUUUGAUAAAAGUUGUAGGAGAUUUAAAUAGAAAAAUCUGGACCCUUUACAACAGCUAUAUUUACAUAUCGCCACUGAACAGAAUAAUGUAUUAUUGAAUCAUUCAUAUAUGUCAUUGAAGCCACAGGAGAAACCUAAUUAACAUUAUUUAUGACUGCUGCUUUCUCCUCUGUCUCCUCAGUUAGAGACAAUUCCCAUUCUUUUAUUGAAACACUCUGAGUCACAUUCAACGUCCAAGCAGACGUAACACUCCCAACAUGACUGACACCUGUGUCAAAAGGUCACAGAUUCCCAUGAGUGCCUUGUGUGCUGAGCUGCUCUUAACCACAACAGUAGAGGAAUUAAAGUUCUGCGGGACAUUGAAUGCACUUUAAGGUAUUCUGCUUUAAUUAGUUUUUUCUUUUUUUAAAGUUAUGACUGUAUUUAUUUAUUUAUUUAUUUUGUAAACAGGAUUUAUGACGUAUUGUGUGAUCUGUGUGUCAUGAUGAAUUGUGUAUUCAGGCGCCUCUGGCUUGUUUGAUAGAAGCACCUGUGAUGUGCAUCAACAUUCAAACAUUCCUGUGAUCAGCGGUAGUCUUUAAGAUAACCAUAAAAAAAAUAAAACCUGUGUGUCAGUUGAAAAUGGCUGAGGCUCAAAGCACAGCUGGAUAUUAUGAGGAAGAAAAUAAUUUGUUGCAGUUUGAGCUGGAUUUCUAAGAUGAAAAAUACUGUACUACAAUACUACAAGGACAAAUGUAUGAUUAAAAGUACAAUCUGUACCCUUCUCUUCAGUCUUAUACAUUGGACUGUCUGUGACCUUCACAGUGCCAGGCUGCUUUUGUCAGUGGCCCUACCUGACCGCCACGUCUGCUUUUAAAAUCACAUUGUGUCUUCAUAAGAAGUGGAGAGCAGGUGAUGGGUUUCAGUUUGCUCAAAGGUUUGAAAGCAAACAUCCCUUCAGCUUUUCUCCCAUCUUCUUGACACAGCUUGUGUCUAUUUGAACGCUUGCUCUGAUACUAUAUAUACAUAAAGCAGUGGCACAGAAUGAUGUCACUCUUUGGCUAAAUGUUUUUCCAUAUUUUGUACAGUGCAACAUCCUGCUCUAAUGUCUUAAAAAAGGAACUUGAAAUGUACGGGAACUACUACUGUAGAUGAUACAAACUAAAGACUACAAUGUACAGUACAUUGCUAAAUGGUGGCAUAGUUUACAAAAAUGUAUUCAGCAUAUAUAUUUCUAUUUUAUUUUAAUAUGCUAGCUGUAAGUGACAAUGAUGCAGGACUGAGUAUGUGAGAAUAAUUGUACAGUAGUUGUCGAUGCAUUCACUGAAAGAAUGUUUGGUGAAAAAAAUAUUUAUGCUUGUAUGACAUCACCUGUUGAAUAAAAUAGUUCAGUGUUGAACUUGUUGA